UCAAUGUCCAGAUGGAGCCCUCGGGCAUCCCAGAGUCCACCACCCCUUUUGAUUAUGAUCUUCAGAGCUUUCUGUGUGAGAAGGAGACCUUCAACUUUGCUGCCUUCAGCACCACCAUCCUGUACUGCCUGGUGUUCUUCCUCAGCCUGGUGGGCAACAGCCUGGUGUUGUGGGUCCUGGUGAAGUACGAGAGCCUGGAGUCGCUCACCAAUGUCUUCAUCCUCAACCUGUGCCUCUCAGACCUAGUAUUCUCCUGCUUGUUGCCUCUGUGGACCUUGGAAUACCACUGGGGCUGGCUGCUGGGAGACUUCCCCUGUAAGCUCCUCAGCAUGCUGUUUUCCAUCAGCCUCUGCAGCAGCAUCUUCUUCCUGACCAUCAUGACCAUCCACCGCUAUCUGUCUGUGGUGAGCCCCCUCUCAUCCCUGCGAGUCCACACCCUUCGGUGCCGAGUGCUGGUGACCACAGCUGUGUGGGCAAUCAGCGUCCUGGCCUCUAUCCCCGAUGCCAUCUUCCACAAAGUGUUUCAUCAUUCGGAACAUUCACGUUGUGAUUACGCGGAACUCAAGUGGUUCCUAGCGUCGGUUUACCAGCACAAUGUCAUCUUCCUGCUCUCCAUGGGGAUAAUCCUGUUCUGCUACGUGGAGAUUCUCAAGACCCUGUUCCGCUCACGGUCCAAACGGCACCACCGGACCGUCCGGCUCAUCCUCACCAUUGUGCUGGCACACUUCAUCAGCUGGGCUCCCUACAACCUGAUGCUGUUUCUGCAGACACUGCUGAAAUUCGAGGUCAUCCAGAGCUGCAAGGUCAGCCAGCAGCUGGAUUACGCCUUGCUCAUCUGCCGCGAUUUCGCCUUCUCCCACUGCUGCUUCAACCCAGUGCUCUAUGUCUUUGUCGGGGUCAAGUUCCGCAGACACCUCAAAACUCUGCUCCGGCACUUCUGGCUCUGCCGGUCACAGGCGCCCAGCUCUUCCCCGUUACCUCACACCCCAGGUGCCUUCCACUAUGAGGGCGCCUCCUUUUAUUGA